AUGAAGCGGUUAAUUUGCUUUGUAGUGGUGGCCUCACUACACCUGGCCCGGGGUGACGUUAACCCCUUAGAAGAGUUUUUCAGGCAACGCAACAUUAAUUACCUCCAAAAUGUGCAGGAAGAAGGUGGUGCGUGUUGGAGUGCCCUUAAGGCGUCGUCUGUCGAGACGAAAAUUAAAAUGUUUGAUGCCAGUGCUAAAAUACCGUCGGGAGUGCUAAACUUAAACGGCUUCGAUUUGGGUAACUUCGAUGAGUGUUACAACUUGGAGGAGGAUGUUAAUGGUGAAACCCUUUAUGGCAAAUACUGUAUUGGAACUAUACCAAUUCCAGUUGAUAUGAUGAAGAGCUUAGAUGGAAAUCAAAGUACUAGGACGCUUGGACGAACACAUGUUGGGGUGCAUCUGGCUUACUGCUUACUAAGUCCUUGCACACUAGAAGACUUUUCCCUAAUUCCAUUUAGUGAGUUCGAUGAGCAGUUUUGCUACUCCAAAGCAACUGAACCAGAGUUAGAUGCAUCAGAUAUAACUGCCAUUGUCAUCUUUGGAAUAUUUGGGGUCAUUGUAAUUGUCUCAACCGGCUAUGACUUGUACCUUUUUUACAACGAGUCAAGUAAGUGUAAAAAUGAGGCUCAAACAAUGGAACCCACAGAGAAAUAUUUUCAGAACCCUCACAUCCGAUGAGUUGCCUUUUCCAUUUGGACCAACGGUCGAAAAAUCUUUAAAACUACCUCAGGAGCAGACCAGCUGUCGUGCAUUAACGGAAUUAAAGCCCUCAGCAUGGCCUGGGUCAUCUAUGGACACGUCAACAGCAACAUGGAAGGAACCACCAACUACAACGACGUACAAACUUACAUGAGAGACAACAAAAACAUGUACUUGAUGAACGCACCAGUGUCUGUGGACACGUUCUUUGCCGUUGCUGGACUGCUGACGGUGUACACUUUCCUAAAAUCAAUGGAUAAGGGUGUCAAGUUUAGUAUUCCGAUGUUUUAUGUGCACAGAUACUUAAGGUUAACUCCAGCUCUGGCUGUUAUUGUGCUUUUAAAUGCCACCCUGUUGAGGCACAUGGGGAGUGGGCCACUCUGGGGGACCAUCCAAAGCUACGUUGAUACCUGCCACGAUUAUUGGUGGUCCGCUUUGUUGUACGUCCAAAACUAUGUGAAUCCUGAAGAGAUGUGUGUGGCACAAUCUUGGUAUUUGUCUGUGGAUACACAAUUGUACGUCCUGUCACCAAUAGUUUUGCUUCUAUUGGUUUGGUACCCAACUAUUGGGCUUGUAACUUUAGGGUUACUUAUUUUGGCUGGUAAUAUUGUACCCUUUGUUAUAACUUACACAAUGGAGUUGCCUGCUACCAUGUUGGGUGACAUGAGUACCUUAUUGGACUACAUGAAGUACUACUACUUCCAAACUUAUUCACGAUUUGGUCCUUACGUCAUAGGUAUGUUGUUUGGUUGGAUCAUUUACAACUUAAGGAAAAAAGACAUGAUUCAAUCAAUGGAUAAAACUAAAAGAAAAUGGCUUGUCAUCACCACUUGGAUAACCGCUUUGGUGGGCCUUGCUGUUUGUCUUUAUGCCGGAGCCAAUGUUGUUACCAACAAAGAAGAUGGCCUAAUAGCCAGAUCCUUUUUUAAUGGCUGCAACAGAAAUGGUUGGGCUUUGGCAGUCUGUUUGGUGAUAACUCUUUGUUCAAUUGGAUAUGGAGGUCCAAUUAAUGGUUUACUCUCUCUUCCUCUCUUCCAAAUUUUGUCAAAAUUAUCAUACUCAAUGUAUUUGGUGCACUUCAGUUUAGUGGUGACCCAAAGAUAUUUAUCAGCAAAGGUUUUAUUCUACUUUUCAGUUGGUAAUGUUAUUCAUGCGUUCUUUGGUGAUUUUAUAGUUACUUUAAUUUACUCAUUUUUCCUUUGUACUAUUUUUGAAUCUCCAAUCAUCACCAUCGAAAAGUGGAUCUUCGGAGAUCAGAAAAAAUCAUCAGAGAAAUCUCCGGUCUAGGAUUAAAUAAGAAAUUGUGAAUAUUAUUUAUUUAUUUAUUAUAGGAUUAAAAAAUGUUUAUUUUUCUAUGAUUUUUUUAUUUUUAUCCACUGUAUUAGUUUGAAAUAAUAAAAAUUAUGUAAAAACACA